AAAUGAUUUAUCUUUACUAAGAUAAGCUAUUAUCAAUUUGCUUAUCUUAGUAAAGUGCUUAAUCUCUGAGAGGGAGAUUAUUUUGGGCAGUCCGGGUCGAACGAGCUUGCGAAUCGGACGUGCUAAUUGACAGUUGAAAUAAAACAUAUCAGAAUAUAUGAAUGGAACUUUUAUUAUACAGCGAAUGAUUUAAAAUCCAAAAACUUAAUUCAUUACGCCUCGAUUCACGUAUCAGACAAUCAGGUGACAAAUAGCAAAAUGCGUGACGCUCCAAUUAAAGGACCCCUAAUCGGAGUGCGACAUCUACAGAUUGGACUUUUAUUUAUGUGUAUUUUCGUAUCAAAUUUCUCCAAUGUGAAUGUGGCAAUUUCUUUGGUGGCCAUGACGGAUGCAGCUUCGGCAAAUCCAAAUCAUAACGAAUUCGAUUGGUCUGAAACGGAAAAAUCAUAUAUCUUAUCCAGUUUUUAUUGGGGAAAUAUAAUGACUCAGCUUUUAGGUGGCUACUUUUGUCGGUUUUUUGGCGUUAAAAUGGUUUUGUUCGUAAGCAUCCUAGUCUACUGCAUUUUGGUGUUGGUAACACCUGUCACUGUGACGUGGGGCAGUUGGCAAGCCUUUGUUGUCAUUCGUGUCCUAAUGGGCGCCUUUAAUGGAGUCUUGGUGCCAGGAGUACAACAACAUUUGGCCAAUUGGUCACCGAAAGAGGAGCGUACACGUCUUGGAGCAUUUACCUAUACGGCGUUUGAUUUUGGCUCGAUUUGUGCCAUGUUUUUCAGUGGUUUGAUAGCCACUAGUCCAUGGGGUUGGCCUGGGAUAUUUUAUGUGGCCGGCAGUUUCAAUCUUUCAUGGUGCAUACUUUGGUUAGCCUUUGGAGCCAAUAAUCCUGGUGUAUCCAAGUGUAUUGGGGAAAAAGAAUCUGCGUAUAUAUUAAGAUCCCAACCAGCCAAGGAUUCAGCAAAAAUACCCAUACCCUGGAGGGCCAUCUUCAGCUCAAUACCCUUUAUAGCGCUGCUAAUCACACGUUGCUGUGGUACGUGGGGUGUUACGAUACUGCAAACAGAAAUACCCUCAUAUUUGGGUUAUGUAUUAGAAAUGAAUAUCAAACAGAAUGCUUUAUACUCGGCAUUACCAUUCCUUGGCAUGUUUAUAUUAAGCUAUGUUUAUUUAGUCUUAGCUGAUUUAAUAUUAGGUCGACAAUGUUUAACAUUAUCCCAAUUGCGUAAGACUAUCAAUACUGUGGCCUUUUGUACGCCAGCAUUAAGUUUACUUGGCAUGAGUUUUAUCGGUGUUGAGCAUAGGACUUGGGCCAUUAUCUUAAUGACUUUGGGACAAAGUGCCAAAAGUGGGGCUACUAUUGGAAGUGCAUUAAACUCAAUUGAUUUAUCACCGAAUCAUGCUGGCAUUAUCACCGGAAUCCUUAGUACUUCAAAUGCUUUGGUAUCGCUUUGUGCACCCCUCUUGGCGGGUGUAAUCAUAACAGAUGUGAGCAAUCGUUCACAAUGGCAAAUUGUCUUUGGAAUCACCGCCUUUAUCUAUAUUAGCGGUAGUUUAAUUUAUAUCAAGUGGGGCUCAACGGAAACUCAACCCUGGAAUGAUGUGGAUUACCUCAAGACAGCAGAGGAAAUGAGACCUCAGCCAAGUAGACAGAUGUUGUCUGAUGUCAGUCAAUAUGUCAAUACUCAAGAUUCUUUCAAAAAAUAA